AUGGAGCAUAAUCUUACACUUUAUGGGUUGAGCAUUCUGUUGAUCUCCUUCAUAGUAGCUUAUUAUCUGAUCAAGUUUCUUCAAGAAGUAUGGUGGAAGCCAAUGGAAAUUCAACACCAAUUGCAAUCACAAGGCAUCAAGGGCCCUCCUUACAUGUUUAUGGACGGAAAUGCAACAGAAAUCUUGGAAAGGAGGCGAAAUUCCCUGAGCAGAAAGAUUCAAUUAUUCGACGACAUGUUCCCUACUCUGCAGCCACAUAUACACUUGUGGACCAAAAUCUAUGGGAAGAAUUUUCUGCACUGGCCUGAUGCAAGAAGAGCUGAACUGGUUGUAACAGAGCUGGAGUUGGUACAAGAAUUGCUGGAUGACAAAGAACAGUCUUUUUCAAGACCAGGAGUUGAUACACAUUUGCAGAAGAUGAUUAUUGGAGAUGGAGAUUUUACUUCUCCAGGUGAAAAAGGUGCAAAAUUUAGGAAGCUGGCUGAUCAAGCCUUCCAUGAUACAAGCUUGAAUAACAUGAUCCCAUCAAUUGUUCAAUGUGUUGAUGGGAUGCUGGGAAAAUGGAAGCAAUACGAGGGAAAGGAAAUUGAUAUCUUUGAAGAGCUCUGGUUGUUGAGUGCUGAAGUUAUCUCAAAAACUGCAUUUGGAGUUAGUUCUGUGAAGGGUCAACUCAUUUUCGACAUUUUUAGGAAGUUGAUGAGUUUAGACACAGAGAAUUCUCAAAAAGUUAGGUUUUUUCCGGUUAUCAGCAUGAUAUUCAAAGAUGAUGAAAUGGAUAAGGAAGCAGAAAAGCUUGGGAAACAGAUUCGAAUCUGUUGUUUGGAGAUGGUGGAAAAGUGGCAUUUCAAGUUAGCAUUUGAGGAAAAACACUGCAAUGGAGAUGAUUUCCUAGGGUUACUCAUGAAAGAUGACAUUGAUUCGGAAGCGACUAAUAAGAUUCCAACUGAAGAAACAAUCAGUCACUUCAAGGUUAUUUACAGUGCAGGACAGGCAAAAACAUCAGUUUUGCUCUCAUGGACAAUGCUUCUGCUAGCCAGUCACGCAGAUUGGCAAGAAAAAGCCCGGGAGGAGGUCAUCAGGUUGUUUGGUCAGGAAACUCCAAACUCAGAAGGGAUCUCAAGAUUAAAAACGAUGAGCAUGAUCAUAAAUGAAUCUUUAAGACUAUAUCCACCCAUUGUUAAUGCAGGAAGAAAGGCGAAGAAAGGGACAACAUUGGGGAAGCUCAUUCUUCCUGCAAACAUUGAUGUCCAUGUUCCCAUAUUAGCAAUUCACCAUGAUCCCAAACUAUGGGGAAAAGAUGCACACGUUUUCAAUCCAGAAAGAUUCUCAAAUGGGGUUUCUGCUGCAACUAAGGAUGAUCCAGCAGCAUUUUUGCCAUUUGGUCUAGGCCGUCAAACUUGUGUUGGAGCAGAUGUUGCAUCUAUUGAAGCCAAGAUCACACUCUCAAUGAUAUUGCAACGCUAUUCUUUUACACUUUCUCCAAAUUAUGUACACUCCCCGAUCGACAGUCUGCUCCUCUGGCCUCAGCAUGGAAUUCAAUACAGAAGGCAGUGGUUUUUGUUGGAAACCAUGGCAUUUUUAUCCUCCAUUUUUCUCUGCUUCUUCAUACUUGUUCUUGUAAGAAUCAUAUACAAGUGUUUAUGGGCUCCAAUCCGCCUGCAAUACCUGAUGAGUUCCCAAGGAAUCAAAGGGCCUCCUUACAAGUUCAUAUACGGAAACACGAAGGAAAUCUUCAACAUGAAAACGAAAUCUAUGAGUAGCCCCAUGGACCUUUCACAUGACUUAUUACCAAGAAUUCAGCCUCACAUUCAUACAUGGAGGAAAUUAUAUGGUAAGAACUUCCUAAUCUGGGGUGGUAUUGAUCCUCAACUGGUUAUCACUGAACCUGAGCUGAUCAGAGAAAUCUUUAGCAACAAAGUUGGCGCCUACAGAAAACCUAAAUUUGACAACUUUGUGAAGAAACUCUUAGGUGAUGGGCUCGUUGCAACAGAAGAUCUCGAUAAAUGGUUGAAGCUCAGAAAGCUGGCAAACCAUGCUUUCCAUGCGGAGAGCUUAAAAGAAAUGAUUCCAGCAAUGAUCGAAAGCAUGGAACCUGUGCUUGAAAAAUGGAGGACACUCAAAGGGAAGGAAAUAGAUGUAUAUGAAGAAUUCAGGCACUUGACAUCAGAGAUUAUAUCCAGGACAGCUUUCGGAAGCAGUUACUUAGAAGGGAAGAACAUAUUUGACAUGAUGACGCAGCUCGGCUUCUACAUUUUCAAAAAUGAUGGUAAAGUUAGAUUCUUUAAGGACAGAAAAUAUUUUCAAACAGCUGAUGAGAUUGAGUCGGAUAAAAUCGAACAGUCACUACGAGAAACCAUCAUGUCAAUUGUAAAGAAAAGAGAAGAUGGAGUUAAGAUGGCCAAGACAGAUGAUUUUGGGAGGGAUUUUCUUGGAUCCCUGCUGAAAGUUCACCAUGCAGCAGAAAUAAAAAGCAGGAUUUCGGUAGAUAACAUUGUUGAUGAAUGCAAGACAUUCUACCUUGCGGGCCAUGAAACAAUCAGUUCUGCCCUCACUUGGACCGUUCUACUAUUGGCAAUUCACACAGAUUGGCAAGAGAAGGCAAGAAAAGAAGUGUUUGAAGUUUACGGCCAAGAAAAUCCAAAAGCAGAAUGCAUUCCUAAACUGAAAAACUUAACGAUGAUCAUCAAUGAAACUCUGCGGCUAUAUUCCCCGGUACACUUGUUCAUUAGAAAGGUCGCAAAAGAAGUGAAACUUGGAGAGCUUAAACUUCCUGCUGAUACCUCCUCCAUGUAUUAA